UUUGAUGGUGUUGUUAAAAUUGAUGGCGAGAAGGAGCAUGCCAAUGCCAAGAAGAUCCUGCUGGAGAUGGGAGAGUUCUUUCAGAUUCAGGAUGAUUACCUUGACCUCUUUGGGCACCCCAGUGUGACUGGCAAAAUUGGCACUGACCUCCAGAACAAUAAAUGCAGCUGGCUGGUGGACCAGUUGUCCACUCCAGAACAGCACCAGAUCCCGAAGGAAAAUUAUGGGCAGAAGGAGGCUGAGAAGGUGGCCCAAGUGAAGCUAUUAUAUGAGGAGCUGGAUCUGUCAGCUGUGUUCUUGCAGUAUGAGGAAGACAGUUACAACCACAUUAUGGAUCUCAUUGAACAGUACGCAGUGUCCCCGCCCCGAGAUAUCUUUCUGGGGCUUGCGCGCAAAAUCUACAAGCAGAGAAAUUGCCCGAGAGACAGCAAGGGUGGAGAGGAGGCUCUCAAUGAAUAA